GGACGAGCCGAGAGAAAGGGGAACCCCAGUGUUAUAACAAUGAUCAAUCAAUUACAGCAAGAGAAUAAAAGAAUACCAAGUGGACAUGUUAAUACUAUUGUUAAAUAUUUACCAGGUUCACGCACAGUUGGCGAGAGAAUAAUACUAUUAGAAGAGUAUGAUCCUGAAAAGGAUAAAAUUGACACUAUAUAUUAUAUCAAAAAAUUCAAUUUGUUUAUCAGGUCAUGUCUAAAUAUUGAGGAAAAAGAAGCAUGGAGCCUCGUUAAUAGAUGGUAUAAUGAACGAAUACAAGAUACUGAUAACGAAGAAAGUGAUUCCACUGAUGAGUCAUCGAAAGAAUCUAAUAAACGAUACAAACGAACAAAGAUCAAACAUGAUA